AUGGGUUAUUGCUGCACAACUGUCAUUGCAGUAGAUGGGACUGAAAUCAAAAGGAUUGUAUCCUUUAAGGUAUUUGCAGUGUUUGAGGAAAAGAAAAUUCUUUCCACAAGUAUAUUUUCAGAGGAUGUCAAAGCCCACCUGUUACCUGCCACACUACUUAAGGACAUUUUACUUAGUAAUUCCUCUGACAAAUUUCACAAAAAGCUAGAAGAGGGAGUUGUUAAAUUUGUGAAGAAAGAACCUUGGUGGGACAAUGAGGACCCAUAUAAUCAAAGUGUCCCUUUCUCUCCUUAUAACCCCUCUGACACAGCGGCCAUAGAUGCCUCAGACUUUGCCUGGUACUUUGUUACUCAGGGCGCCAAGAGUCCACAUUUAGAUAAAACAGAAUUGCUAAUUUCAGAGCAAUCAAGUUCUCCUUUGCAAGAUACUUGUACAGAUCAAUUGCUACUUCCUGAGAUUAAGAAGAUAACAGAAGGGUGCACAGCUCUAGCGGAAACCAACUCAAAAGCAGGUGUUACAGAAGACAGUCCAUUUGCUGUCAAAGAGAAUCAAACAGAAGAUAAGAAACAUGAACUGCAGAUCAAAAAGAAACAAACAGAAGAGGACCAUGACUAUGAAUAUAUAGAUGACCAUGAUGUUGAAGCGUUAAGGAAGAAGGUUCAGGAGAGCAUAUGCCAAAGUGACAGUCCAGUGGUGAUCACAGAGAAGCAGAUGGAUGAUAAGCAUGACUACGAGUAUGUAGAUGACCAUGCUGUCGAAGAUAUAAGGAAAAAGGUCCAGGAGAGCAUGUCCCAAAGCAAGAAAAACUGUAAGAACAAAAGAAACACCUAGGUUCUUGUGCAUAUUAUCUCUGAGAUCAAGACAAUUGUCCUGUCGUAAUGUAAUCUAUCAACAUAACCGGCAUCCAUCACUGACUGGUUCAGACAGAUUUACCUAGCCUGUGACUCAGCUACUGAUUAUGGCUGUAUUUCAGAAUGUCUUUGAAACAAGUCAGGACAUGUUACAGCUUGUCACACAGUCAGUGCAAGUGCAUGUAAGACAGCAAAAGUGAUGGAAAACACAAUUUGGUACACAGUGAACAAAAGCCUUCAUGCCAUCAAGGAAAUGCAUCAGGAAAGUAAACUGUAUUGCAACAUUAGUGACAUUCUCUUGUUGAUAGAGAUCAGAGUCGAACUGGGGCAUUCAAAUAUUUAUUGACUCCAAUUCCAGUCUUUUUUUCUUUUAAUACAUUUUGGCUAAGAAGGUACAACAUUCUCUUUUGUACUUUACUGCCUUUGUUAUUUGCCUGUUAAAUUCAUUCAUCCAUUUUGUACCAAGAUUAUGUUUUGCCAGUGUGUUCUUCCCAUGAUUAACAGUUAGGUAAAUAUCAUUAAUAUUACUUAAUAGAAAAAUACCUUCUGAAUGCUAACUAGCAGCAUUGUUUCAUCAUUGCUGCAGAAUAUGUUAUAAUAUAAGCAUGUAGGUAUAUUGUGAAAUGCAUCUUUACUCUAAUUAUGUGCUUAUCAGCUGUCCAACACAAAACAUCACUGCAGAGGUAUGCAGAUGGUACUGCAGUCGCAUCUAAUCCAUGACUCAGAAGUCAGGUUUAAAAUCAGUUGUUGCAGCAUACCUGUCUGCCCAAAUGGUAACCAUGGCUGCAUUGGUACAAUGCCUACCCAACUUACAAAAGCACAAACUUCAUAAUACCACCAAUGGACUAUUAAAUACCUUGGCCUUAGCUUUUUUAUCAUCUCAGUGAUGGCUGCGGAUGCUUCUGGGUACAGCCUCACACCUUCAUAGAAAACAUCUUGUUCUGUGUCACUGCCACCUUUUUAUAUCUCCAUUCUCUGUUUAAAAGAGAAUUAUCUGUAAAGAGGGCUCUUCUGAGAUGAUGGUAUUCAGAUUAGCCUAGUAGUAGCAGGUGGUAUUCUAUGCAGCACGUCUCCUUUCAGCCUUUUUCUCUAAACCGCAGGAGUCAUAAUUCUCAUAAUAACAAUGGGUAAGAGAGGUACUGACCAUUUCAGCAACAGUUUUUAGAGGGAUACACGUACUUAUACAUGAUUUAAAAACUUGCAGGGUCUUUUUAAAUGUUAAAUAUAGUUAUGCAUAGCUUUUUAUGUUUUAUUCUCCAUGUCAUUUAAACACAGAAUUCUGCAGCCAUGUAUUCUGUUCUGCGCAUAUUUCAUAUAUUAAGUGCUUUAGGGGAUAACAGAAUUUUUCUUCAGCACAACAUUGUUAGUCGAUAAAUAUUUAUUUUCCUUUAUGAAUGAGAAAUCUAGAAAAUAUAACGAUUUCUUCAUUUUCUUUCUUUCUUGAACUGAGAUAUAGGAUUUUAGUCUUAUUCAAAGUUUUAAACUCUUGUACUUAAGCUUUUUGUGUUUCAGUGUGGUGCUAUGUUGCUGAGAACUGAGAAUCAUAGCAGAAUAGUGUUGAUAUGUGUGUGUGAAUGUGUGGUGCGAAAUUUUGUGCAUAGUUUUUAUAGGAUACCUAAGAAGAAAAUAUGUUAUCUACACUGCAAGUGAGCUAUCUUUUAUCAUUUGAUUAAUCAGCUACAGAAGUGGUCCAAAACCUCCAAGUCAAUAAAAUUUAUAUAUAUAAUCAUUUGGUAGGAGAUGGAAAUACUUUUUUCAGAAAUAAAUAAGUUACUAUCUAACAAAUGCCAUCCCUUUGAAAAUCAUUUUUUCAUGUUCAAAUUGAAUAGUUUUGUGUAUUGCUUUGAUUUUUGUAGGUUCAUAGAUUCAUAGGUGUGUACUAGGCUAAUGGCCCUGGAGCCUUUAGAAGCCUAACCAUAG